AUGACGGACACCCCCGUGGAGGAAUCCCUUGUCCAGCUGGUCCGCUGCUACCACCGGUACGCGGCCCGGGAGGGGGACGUGGAGACUCUGUCCCUGCAGGAGCUGAAGGCCCUGCUGGAAGACAACACGCCCCGCUUCCUGGGCAGCCUGGGCCGGAGGGAGCCGUACUUCAUCAGCGAGCUGUUCCGGGCAGCAGACAAGGACAAGGACAACCAGCUCUCCUUUGACGAGUUCCUGUACGUCCUGGGCAGGCUGCUGAGGGACUGCCACCUGCAGUACCACCGACGGCUGUGCGCCCACUGCUGUGCCCAGCGCAGCCUCUACUAA